AUCAACCCAACCGUUUACUCUGACUCCGUUUCAAAUUCUGAUUUAUUUUCAGAUACUUAAGUACUUCUAUAUUUCUGCUGGUGUCCAAGAAAAAGCUUAUGGAGUCUUCUACAGAAUAUCGUCUUACAAAAACUCUUCAUAGUUUACGAGGUUACAAAUUUGGAAGAGGCAAUGGAAAGCGAAAAUCAAUUUUUAAACGGGAAAGAGGAAUUGAGAGUGGAUGAACAUGACACACCAAAACCGAGUGAAAAUGACCAGUUUGAAAAGCAGAAAGAGGUGGCACUAAAAGUCUAUCCCCAGAGAUGGUACAUGCUAGCGUUAUACGUGUUGUACAUGGUAUGCAAUUCGUCGCAAUGGCUUCAGUACUCUAUUAUACCGAACGCCGUGACAAAAUUUUAUGGAGUCAGUAAUUGGCAUGUCAAUUUGACCUCGCUUGUGAUGAUGGGGUGUUACUUGCCGUUGGCGCUGCCCGCGGCAAGCUUUAUGGACCGGAUUAGUCUCCGUUGGACGGCAAUUCUCGGCUCAUCAGGCACUGCUCUCGGCUCCUGCAUCAAGUUGUUUUCUGCUAGUCCUGGCAGUUUCUAUGUCACUCUGGCCGGCCAGACUGUGGUCGCCGUCGCCCAAGUCUUGAUGCUGAGCGUGCCACAGAAGUUAUCGAGUAUUUGGUUCGGAGAGCGCGAGGUAUCAUCAGCCUGCAGUAUAGGAGUUUUUGGAUUCCAAUUCGGUCUAGUUGUGGGAUUUUUCUUGCCUCCAAUAUUAGUCUCAGACCAUAAUGACCCAAACGAGAUUGGAGAAGAUUUAUUUAAAAUGUUUAUUUACUUCGCUGUUACAUCCAGUUUAGUGGCAGUGCUAGUUAUUUUCACUUUCAAGGCUGAACCAUCUUUACCGCCAACUUUAAGCCAAGCUAAAGCAAGAUCGGCCACCAAAAGUAACUUAAAACUAUACAUGAGAACUCUUAAAAGAAUCUUUUCUCAACGUAGUUUGCUAGCUCUUUUUAUUACUACGGGCAUCAAUAAUGGAUGUUUUAAUGGGCUCUCCACUUUGCUAAGCCAGAUUUUUGUGAAUUAUUUUCCAGGCCAAGAAGAAACCGCUGGUAACAUAGGCGUGACUAUGAUAGUUUUCGGUAUGACGGCAUCUGUGACAUAUGGUUUCAUACUUGAUAGAACCAAGAAAUUCAAGUUUCUGCUUAUUUUUAUUUACUAUAUGUCUGCGGUUGCUAUGGCAACGUUAACUAUUCUAUUGGUUUACUGUAAGGCGCUUUGGGCUAUGUUCGCGGGAGCAGCUUUUGUUGGAACAUUUCUCUGUGGAUUCACAGCCGUGAGCUUCGACGUGGCAACGGAACUGACGUACCCUGAGUCAGAACUUAUUGUCGGAACUAUAAUGAACAUGAUGUCUCUACUCUUCACGUUUGCGACAACCCUAACAUUUGGGUACAUUAAUGAGACCCUUGGUUACUUCUGGGGUAACGUCGGUUUUGUGGUAACCCUAGUGUUAGGAGCUACAUGUACGUUACCAAUAAAAUUUAUACAUAAAAGAACGAUAGCUCAGAAAAUGAAACUGACUGAAGAAAAUUGUGAAUUGAUUUGCUGACGUUUUCUCUGCUUACAUUUUGUGCACAAUUCUACUACUAUGUACAUAUAAUAUAAUGUAUCGUAUCGUAUAUAGAUACAGUACAACAUAAAUAAAAUCAGAAUAAAUUAAACAUUGUUGUUUUGGAAACAAAAUACCUUUGGAUACAAUAUCACAAAGCGGGUGUAAG